AUGGCUCCUCCAUCCUCCGACGGACAGCUUGGGAGCGAGCCGACAAUGGAAGACACAAAGUCUCUUCUCCCGUACCGCACCGCGGACUCCUCGCUGCGUGCUCUGGCCGGGCAGGCCGAGGGCUUCGGCCGGCACGCCAUCGGCGGCCUCCACGGCGACGUCUACCACGUGACGACCCUGGACGAUGACGGCCCCGGGUCCCUCCGGGAGGGAUGCCGGCGGCGCGAGCCGCUGUGGAUCGUGUUCGACGUGUCCGGCACCAUCCAGCUCUCCUCGGGCGUGGUCGUCUCGUCCUACAAGACCAUCGACGGGCGCGGGCAGCGCGUGAGGCUGCGCGGCUGGGGCCUGCUGCUCCGCGAGUGCGAGCACGUGAUCGUGUGCGCGCUGGAGGUGGAGGGCGGGCGCGGGCACGACGCCGACGCGGUGCAGAUCAAGCCCCGGUCCAGGCACGUCUGGGUGGACCGGUGCAGCCUGCGCGGCUUCGAGGACGGCCUGGUGGACGUGACCGGCGGCAGCACGGACGUGACCGUCUCGCGGUGCCACCUCGCGGCGCACGACAAGGCCGUGCUCAUCGGGGCCAGCAGCGCCCACGUCGAGGACCGCUGCAUCCGGGUCACCAUCCACCACUGCUUCUUCGACGGCACGAGGCAGCGGCAGCCGCGCGUCAGGUUCGGCAGGGUGCACCUCUACAACAACUACACCAGGGACUGGGGCAUCUACGCCGUCUGUGCCAGCGUCGAAUCACAGAUUAUCUCCCAGUGCAAUAUUUACGAGGCAGGAAAGAAGAACGAAGUCUUCAGGUACAUGGAAGAACAGGCAGCAGACAAGGACCAAAGCGCUAGGGGGUACAUCAGGUCCGAAGGCGACCUGUUCCUGAACGACGCCAAGCAGCACGCCGCUGAUGCUUCAGAACCAGCUGACGCUGCAGGAGAUGAUGACCCGUGGGACUUCCAGGUCCAGGACUCCUACCAGUUCUGCUCGGUCCAGCCCGCGUCCAUGGCACUCAAGUUACUCCUGCAAUGCUGCACUGGCUGGCAGCCGGUUCCGCUCCCGGCAGACGUUUCCCUUACGGAAAACGCAGUCGGCCCUGCUGAUGACACCGCCUGAAAUGCGACCCACUGCAAUACUCUACUCAACCUUUUUUCUCUCUCUCCUUUUCUGCUAAAGAAAACUCUACUUAAUUAAGCUAAUAAUGUCAUACAUAUAUAUCCACAGUAACAUGCUACUCGCUGUAACAGUACAUCGGAUGAAUAAAUAUACGGUCAACAAGGUAAAAUGGUUCUUUAAAAAAUAUAUCUGAAUCCUGAGUGCAUCGCAUUUUCUUUUCUCACCAAACACGUGGAUCGAGUCACCUUCCCGUUGGAUUGCUGGAAGAAGAUCAACAGGAAGGGAAACGAUAGUCAGUAGUGCUGCCUGAUCUGGACCAACUGACUAGUUCAGUUCACCCGUUCGCGGACAUUCUGCACGCAGUACGCACGCCGUUUUCCCAAGCAGCUGCCGAGGUUUACUUUAGCCGGUUGCAGUGUUUUAAGCACCUUGUUUGAAAGGGGCCAGUGCUUCCAUGAGCACACAAGAUAUACAAAACCGUGGCCUUCAGUUGGCUCGCUCCGGAUUAAACAAUCCCUUAGGCCUUGU